CUUCGUCACGUUUAGAUAUUUCACCCUCCACUCAGCAGCUUCAUCGCGUCAUGCUUGUCAUGCACCACCUACAAAAUGAUGAUAGUUGACAUCAAAGAUUGUUUAGUUUGCAUGUAAUUUACUACGUUGGGCCUACAUAGAAUCGAAACAUGUGUGUUCGUGUAUAUGUAUGUACCUGAUUGAAAGCAGGUGAACAGUCACGACCACUUGUUGGUUGACAACUUGAUGUACGUACUACUUAUUUGUUGGUGUCAGAGUUAGUCACCAUGGAAAUAGCCAGUGGAAGUAUGAUCUUGCAUCCUGAUUUAGCCAGUGAGAUCAUUGCCUUGCAUGAAUCCAGUGGAUUUAAAUCACUGAGUGCCUUCUUCAAACAUCUUAUAGCCUUGGAGAAGCAACAAAGAUCUCAAAACAGUUUGUCUACAUUGUUGGAGCUGCCGUUGCUCAGCAGUAGUAAUUCCAAUCAAGCUGUAAGUCUCGGCUCAAACCAGCCAACAGUAACAAUCUCAGUUGGAGUUCAGGUUGAAUUAUGCUGUCAUAGGAGCAAUGGAGAUGAUGUGAGAUCCCAUGACCAAAAUGGUAAUCAUGAAUUGGUUUCAUUUCACCAAGAUGCUCCCCAAGAAGAUAUGCCAUCAGAGUGUGAUAACAAUCAGUCUGACUCCAAUGUUGAAGCGGACUCUGACAGCGAUGUUGGAUGGAUAUCAGGGAAAGAAUUUGAGACUGACAACAGUCAAAGAAGCAAAUGGCCAAACAGGACAAGAAAACAACAAUUACACAAACCUUUUAAGUUGUCAAGAAAAGGAAGAAAACCUAAUCGGGGAACAAAUCAGGAAUUUGUUUGCGAAGAGUGUGGAGCCAAGUUCACUCGAGAAUGUUAUUAUGUUCAUCACCUGAAGAAACACCGUGGUGAAGAGACAAACGAACAGUGUGAAUAUUGUGAUCUGAUCUAUCCCAGCCCAUGGACGUUAACACAACACAUAUCUAUUAUGCAUCCAGAACAUGCUCCACCUCCACGUGAUAAGCCUCCAGCAAAUCCAUUACUCUGUAAAAUCUGUGGAAUGGCAUUGAAAAAUGUGACUACAUACAGAAACCAUCAACGGAUUCAUACAAAUGAGAGGCCUUAUGAGUGUUCAGAUUGUCACAAGACUUUCAAAUCUACAUCAGCUCUUCUGAAACAUGGCCGCAUGCAUGACCAAGUACGGCCCUAUCCUUGUCACAUCUGCGGUGAUACUUUCAAACAUUCUAGUGACUUGAUCCGCCAUCAAGUGGUUCACACCGGUGAGAAGCGAUAUCAAUGCAUUCAGUGCAAUAAGUCUUACACAGUUAAUGCAUCUCUAAAAGCACACAUCUUUAGGCAUCAUGACCAUCCUGGAGUCAAACCCUUUGAGUGUCCUCAUUGCCAAAGACGUUUUGUAAAGAAAGAUUCAAUGACAUAUCAUAUUAAAAAGAAACAUCAACACCCAGAACAGAGUUACAGACAGACGGACAGACAGAGGUCAUCUUAUCGACGUAGGAGGAAGACAGAUGUACAUAUUAGAAUGACUAAUGUAGUUUCUCAGGGCCAUAAAGCCAGAACUGAAAGUAAAUAUGUUCCUGUGCUAGUGCCUGCUAUUCCUUUACAAAUGAGUAUGAAUUGGAAUAAAAAACCUUGGACAGUUUUGUAUUGCACAGGUGUUGUCAAGUCCAUCUUUAAAUAUGUGGUAGCAACUUGGCUAUUUGGAAAAAGACCUCCAACUCUGCUUCCCCCUCCCCACAACCAGAAGGGACGAGUUAAAGAUGAUCACAUGGCUCAUCACCCUUCCUCAAAAGGUUUAAGGUUAUUGAGGAUCACCAUGGAAAUAGCCAGUGGAAGUAUGAUCUUGCAUCCUGAUUUAGCCAAUAAGAUCAGGUCAUUGCAUGAAUCCAGUGGGUUUGAGUCACUUGUUACCUUUGUGAAACAUCUCUUUGAUUUGGAGGAGCAACACAGAUCCCAACAGUGUUUGUCUACAUUGUUUCAUGCACAACAAACACGGAUAUGCAGUUGUAACACUGUUCAGGUGACAAGAUCAAAUGCUGAACAAGUAAGAGCUGCAGUUACUUCAGUUGGUGUUCAAGUCAAGUUGUGUUGUCCUAGCAACAAAGACAUUGUCAUGGUAUCACAGAAACAAAGUGUUAACUGUGAACAAAAGUCAGUUCGAGAAAGUCAUCCGCAGAAAGUAAUGGUGCAUAAUUCUGAUCAUGACUAUCAAUGUGAGUCCGAUCACGGCCAUGCUGAAGAGCCAUGGAUAGAAGAAUUUGAAGACAAUGGUAAAAGUCAUGAACAGGACAACAAGACAGUAAUGGAACCAGUAUAUAUAUCUGUAGUUAAGCCAAAAAUAGUAAAAAGACCAUGUUUUAAGUUUACUUGUGAAGAGUGUGGAGCCAAGUUUACUCGUGAUUAUUACUUCACCCAUCACAUGAAGAAACAUCGUGGUGAAGACACGGCCAUGCAAUGCCAAUACUGUGACCUGACAUAUCCCAGUCCUUGGACAUUAAAGCAGCAUAUUUUAAGCUCACAUGAUGAGCACAAUGCUCAAUGUGACAAGCCUUCAGCAGAUCGGCUGCUUUGUACUACCUGUGGAGUAACUUUAAAGACGAUGUACACAUACAGGCAACAUCAACGAAGGCACACAGGUGAAAGACCUUAUGAGUGUCAGACAUGUCACAAGACUUUUAUAUAUUCAUCAGCUCUUGAGUAUCACAAACGUGUACAUACUCAGGAACGUUCCUACCCUUGUAAAUUUUGUGACAAAACUUUCAGAUACUCCACUAAUCUGAAGCGCCAUCAAAUUACCCAUACCGGGCUACAACGCUUCAAAUGUGACCAGUGUGAUAAAACCUACAGAGACAAUGGAUCGUUAAAAUCGCACAUUUUGAAGAAGCACAAGAAUCCUGAAUUACAGGUAUAUGUGUGUCCACACUGCAGCAAACAGGUUGAGUCAAAGUCAUCUUUGAAUUCUCACAUCAAAGUUAAACACCAGAACCCAGAACAGAAAACCAAAAGGACCAAGAAGUUGCAUGUCAGAUGCAACAAAGGAAAAUCUUAACAUGUCAAAAUGACAAGACCGUUUUUCCUCAUUUUUCCUCAUUCUACUUGGAUUUCAAUUUAAAGCACCUGUCACAUCCAAACAGCUGCAUAAUGCCUAUUGUACCACAGGUCUCUGGUAAGCCUUUUGCGAGAUAAAUUUGAUUAAAAUCUGGUACACUGAGUUUUUUUAUUGUACAUACAUGUAGACAUAACAAUAUGAAUUCAGACUAAGACCUCGUUGCUCAUAUACAGCAAGGUAUGAGAUGGAGAGAACCCCCCUGCUUUGUGUUGGUCAUUGUCUCGCAGGAAUCUGGGGAAUUCCUU